AUUGAGUCCUAUCCAUACAUCAUAAAUGAGCCCAAUAAAUGCAAGGAUGAAAGUCCCUUCUUAAUGUUUUUAAUAGAAACAACAGCCAGAGAAGUUGAAAACCGCAGAGCAAUAAGGACCACAUUUGUAAAUACAACAUGGAUAAAUAGAACAUCUAUCAAAUAUUUGUUCCUGUUGGCUAAAGACAGUAAGCAGGAACCCAAUACCAUUGCAGAGGAAAGUGAGAAGUACCAUGAUAUCAUCCAAAAGGACUUUCAAGAUACAUACAAAAACUUGACCAUUAAAACAUUGAUGGGAAUAGAAUGGGUCUCCAACUACUGCCCUAAAGCAAAAUAUGUCAUGAAGACCGACAGUGAUAUGUAUGUUAACACUGAACUUUUAUUAGAUUUAUUGGGUCUGGACCAACCUCAAAAACAAAACUAUUUUACAGGAUUUGUAAUGGAAAAUAGCAAACCACACAGAAGCAUUCACAGUAAAUGGCACAUGCCUCAUUCCCUCUAUCCAGAUGAAUUUUAUCCUACCUUUUGCUCAGGGACAGGCUAUGUAUUCUCUGGGGAUGUAGCACCAAAGAUUUUAAGGUCAUCGUUUAAAGUAAACUAUGUUUAUCUAGAAGAUGUGUUUGUAGGAAUCUGCCUUGAUAGGGAAGGUAUUAAGAUAACAAAACCUCCAAAAAAUAACUUGUUCCAUAAUUAUCGUGUUUCAUUCGAUCCAUGUGUGUAUAACAGAAUUAUUACCUCUCAUUAUAUGACACCAACUGACCUUAUCAAUUAUUGGAAAAUUGCACAGGAAAAUAAAGAGAAAUGUUUAAACUCUACCAAGUUAUAG